ACUACUUACAGGGCGUGGUUUACUCACUCUGUCGCGUUCAACACUGGUUUAAAUACAGCGUGCGCAAUUUUUGCUUGUAGACCGGCAGUGGUGCCUACGGCUUUUGCCUAAAAUUAUUCAUUUUCUGACAUUUUAACUGACGAACAAUUACGACAAGCACAACAGAGCUACCAUGAAUUUCGGAACUCGUAGACCUCUGUUACUUUUGGGUGUUUUUUUCAUCGCCAAUGUAAGGGUCGUUUUCACUGGUGCUCUCUGUCCCCGUAAAUGCACGUGCACUGACGACAACCGGGGACUGAGCGUGAAUUGCACCAACAUGACUGAGGGUGAUCUUCCCGAACUACCGCUCCAUACUACGUCUCUCAGAAUAUCAGGGAGGAUCGAAACAUUAAGAAAUGGAACUUUCAGUGGCCUUCUUGGCCUGAAAGAGCUCGACAUGUCGGAAUGCAAUUUAGAAACAAUAGAGCAUGGUGCUCUCUUGGAACUAAAUGAACUUCAGAACGUGUCAUUUCAGAAGAACUCACUCGUUGAUUUGCCAAGAUUCAUUGCGCUACUUCCAAAUUUGAAGAGAGCCGAUUUUCAAAUAAACCGUAUAUCAACGAUUGCCAGUACAUUUCCAACAAGUUCAAAUAUGUCAUCGUCGCUUAUCAAGCUGGACAUCGGUUACAACGAAAUUUACGAUAUGGAAGUUCUUUAUAAAAUACUUUCGAGCUUUGUUAACCUGCAAAAGUUGGUUGCCAUAGGAAAUUCUUUCGUGUUCACCCAUACGAGACAGAUAGAUUUUCCAUUUCAUAAACAUUUACAAUAUCUCGAUCUGACAUAUAAUCCAUUGUCUAACCAAUAUCUCAAUUUAACGAUGUUGACUUCCCUGAACGAAUUGUACCUGUGGGAUACGGGCUGUACAUUUUACAUCCAAAACAUGUCCACACUGGUCAAUCUUCAUUACAGGAACAACGCGCUCUGUGUACCGGAUUCUGAUGACGGCAGGUCUUUGUUUGUAGGGCUAUCGGGAUUGGAUGAACUAGAUUUGGCGGGUAACGAUUUAUUUUGCAGAAGAAUUUGGAGAGGCAAAACACUUCCUAACAUUUUCAAAUCUUUACCUAAUCUGAGAAUACUAGUGCUAGCUUCGAACAACAUGAUCUCACUUCCGGCGAACAUGUUUUCCAAGGUACCUCGUUUAGAAUAUCUGGAUCUAUCGAGCAAUUUUCUGAAAAGUAUAGAUUCUUCAAUAAACGUUUUAUAUUCACUGGUGCAUCUGGAUCUUAGUUAUAACAGGCUCUUUACUGUUGAUGUGAAUAUGCUACAGCAAAACACCGCACUUCGUUACCUUAACGUCGAGAAAAACAAUUUUUUCUGUACCUGCGAAAAUAGCAGGUUCUCCGCUUGGAUCAGAAAUCCAACCAUACGGGCAUUAGAGGGAGACAACCAAACGUGCGGUGUUCCCGCCGAGCUCACAAACACCAGGUUACGAGACUUUGAUCCUGAUUGGAUAACAUGUUACACGGUUCCUUUUGUUUUCAUAUGUGUAGUAGCCGGAGUUGUGGUAGUUGCGGGAUUGGCAAGUAUUGUCGCAUAUCAUCGUCUGGACAUCGUAUACUGUUGGCAUCUAAGAAGACUGAGUCGUUUUCGUAAAAGCUACGUAAGAUGUAAUAAGAACCAAGCACAUUAUGAAUAUGACGCCUUCGUUGCUUACGCCGGCAGUAGUGAGGAGUGGAUUGUGCGGCAAUUUCUCCCUCACGUGGAGGGUGAAGGUCAGAGUACCGACCAGGGUCAAGGUAAAGGUCAGGACAUAAGCUUUAAAGUGUGUAUCCAUUCAAGAGAUUUCUUACCUGGGGAAUACAUCAUAGACAACAUAGUAGAGAAAAUGGAGGCAAGCAGAGCCACUAUACUGAUAAUCUCGCACAACUUUAUUAAAAGUGAUUGGUGUAAGUACGAGGUUGACAUUACUCAGGCAAAGGUGUUGCGGGAGAGGCGUGGGGCGAUCAUUGUUGUGUUUCUCGAGCAGAUACCUUAUAAACAGCUUCCCAAGACGCUUAGACUCAUGAAGCGUCACGUGACCUAUCUGGAAUGGCCGGAGGAAGAAAAUGAACAUAAAAGGGCGGAGUUUUGGAAAAAGAUGAAACUUUCACUUUUGAAACGAAUUCAACAAACUAAUAGAAGUUCAGAUGAUAAUGACACGCAAGUCUAAU